GCGGAACGAAACCGUCGCUGGGUGGAGGAAAAGAGGCGAUGAGAGCUGCUGGAAGGGAGGAAAGCCUCUUCCCCUUCCCUGCUGCGGGGCACCACGGCGGCAGGGUCAAGAGAGAAUCUAACUUGAAGAGUAUCUACGGGGUCUGACAAGUUUACUGUUCUUUCUCUGGCUAAAGCAGAAAAAGACUGCAGUUGAGCCCCAAGAAGUGGCAGCAACAAUGAAACUGGAUGAAAGUUAAGGAAAGGAGAGUGGAGGGGAAAGACACAAAAUACAUGGAAAGAAACCUGAAGAAAGAUUUCCCUGGUGGAACUACUGUCUUGGGGAGGUCACCAUGACAGCAUCCCUUUAAGAAUUAACAUUACUACAUAAACCAGUAUUACCCAGCCCUUUGUGCACCUGACUGUGUUCAAUGAGGUUUUGUAUUUCACUGUUUUUUUUGGCAAAGCUUCAUAUGCUCACAACCUUAAGUCAACAUUAAAUCCAACUAUCCAGUUAUAAUCAUGAACUAUGUAUGCAGUAGCUCCAGACGCACCACAUGAAAACAAGCUGACUGAAACCCACAACUUCAGACUAGACCAUGCAACUUCUGAAAGAAGUCACCAUACUUGGAAGAAAGUUACUUCUUCAUUUAGGAAGAUUUCAGAUGCUUCAUACUUGAUUUGCUUUUUUGCCAACACAAUGAAGGAAAUGUCUUGCUUCUGCAUGACUUUUUCUUCCUUGUUGGAACAGAUGGUGAAGGCUUACAAAUACAUGAUUGGUAUUUUUUCAGUGACUCAUACCUCAGAGCAACAGGCUUCAGAUCGUGAUAAGCAGCCAACCAAGAUGGAUGUAAGCUUACUCGAGGAGCGGUAUGACCAUAUAAAACAGAAGCAAAAACUGCAAUCACACAUUAUUGUAUUUAAAACAGGUGAACAUGAAUCUGUUCUCCCAGCAUCAAUGGUCAAUGCUGUUUUAAUUAAUAAACAAGUUAGAAGAUCAAAGUCAUUUACAGAGCAUGUUCCUGUCAGAAAGAUCAGACUGGAGAUGACCAACAGCGGCAACGUACAAGACAGCUCACCAUGGCGUACGCACCUGGGAAUUCACCGCCUGGUGCAAGCCCCUUGUCAAGUAGUUAGCUGGGAUCCUUCCCACUGCAAGAACAGACCACGCAGUUUUGACAAUCAGAGGCUGAUUUCAAAGGGAAACGGCACACUGCAACACAAGGAAUUAGAAGGAGCAAGUGAACUAUCCGUGCUCAGUCAACUGGGAAGUUCAAGCACGUUGAACAGUUUCAGCGAAGAGAAUGGCAGCAACAUUUCAAGCACCAGCCAAAAGCCUCCUCUGAAAUCAGCCACGUCAGCAGUUUGGACACAUCAACAUAUUUCUUCUACAAAAUGCAUGCCGGCCUGCAACAAACUAAACUUUUACCCUUUCCCCAAUAAAAAAGGACCGAGAAUUUCUGAAGCAGCAAGGAGGCUUGGAUUAUACGUCUCACAAUGAAGACAUUCAAUAAUACAUAAAACUUAGUCAAAAACUUGACUAAAACUUUAAAUAGCAAAAUAGUCUUCCUAAUUACACUGAUAGACCUGCUGAAGAUCUACUACUCUUAUUAGCCAAGGAAUAUCCUUACUAUAUAAUCUGUUGUUUUACAGUACAGUGUAAAAUUAGAUGUUCUUAUGAAGAUGCUGGGCUGCAAUGACAGAUACUCACUUCUGUUAUUCGAGAUAUAAGAGCAAUUUUAUCUUUUUUUUUUCCUGUUUUCAGGUUACUGAUUUUAGAAACUAAGGUUUUAUCACAGCAAUUGUUUGAAAUAUCUCGAAGAGCUAUAGCAAAGACUAGUAGAACUACUGAUGAAGCAACUAGACUAAAUUUCAGUAUGGUACUAUUUAAUUAGACAAUAAACAAGUAACAAAUGAAACAGUAUUGAAGGUGAUUGGUACACUUAACAUAUGAUUUCAUCAUUCACUUUCCUUGAAAAAUUAUACUUUCUGAUGUGUGUACUUUUAAAAUCAAUGAAUAAAACCUGUGCUCAUUUC